AUGGCGCAAAAGCGACUUAUGCAGGAGCUUCAGCCCCUCCAGAAGGAGAAAUGGGUCAACAUUGAGACCGACGAUUCAAACAUCCUUCGCUGGAAACUCGGUCUCUGGGUCGUCAACCCCGACAGCGUCUGGCACGGCGCCUACCUCAAGGCCGAGAUGAAGUUCCCGCCCGAGUAUCCAUACCAGCCUCCUACUUUCAAAUUCCUGACCAAGAAUAUCUGCCAUCCCAACGUUUACCCAGACGGUAAUCUCUGCAUUUCCAUUCUCCACAAGCCAGGAGAAGACGAGCAGUCGGGCGAGCUGGCGAGCGAGCGUUGGAAUGUUCUUCACGGCGUCGAAUCCGUUCUCCGAUCCGUCCUGCUCCUGCUCGACGAUCCCGAGAUUAACUCCCCUGCGAACGUCGACGCGAGCGUACUCUACCGCGACAACAAGAACGAAUACAACAGGCGGGCAAAGGAAAUCGUUGAUAAGUCUCAGAAGGACAUACCAACAGGUUCCCGCAUGCCCACUCCCUCCGAACUCACCGUUGCACCACAAAAGCCAGUUGACGACGAUGCCGACUUUUGGAACAUGACAGAUGAGGAAGAGGAUUUUGGCGGUAGCGACAGUGAUGAGGAUAUGGACGAAUUCGAUGAGGACGACGACGAAGACGACGAUGAUGUUAGAGACCGCAGAUAA